AUGAUUGGUAGAAGUUGCACUUCUUUAGAACAGUUUUCGCGUUGUUCGUGGAAAAUUUUUGAAAAUGCCUCUGCUAAACGCAUACACAAUAAUGUGGACGCCCAAGUUUCCGUAGCACAGGGCAAAAUGAAGGGAAGGGCGUGUGUCACAGCCAGCGGGAAAAAGUACUAUAGUUUCGAAGGUAUUCCGUAUGCACGACCGCCCAUAGGACCACUUAGAUUCAGGGAACCCCAGAAAAGUAAAGGUUGGUCUGGCAUCCUCGACGCGACGAAGCCUGGCAACAAAUGCUGGCAGAUGACCUCGCCAAAGCACCCGGCCGAAGGAUCAGAGGAUUGCUUAUAUCUAAACAUUUACACUCCAAGUUUACCGAGUGAGCAGCUGCAAAAGCUACCUGUUCUAUUUUAUCUACACGGUGGAAGGGCUAUCAUGGGCUAUUCACAUUAUUACCGACCGGAUUAUUUUAUACCCCAUGACGUCAUCGUGGUGACGGCAAACUACCGCUUAAACGUUUUUGGUUUUCUCUGCCUCGACACCCCCGAAGUACCAGGCAACGCGGGUAUCAAAGACGUCGUAAUGGCAAUGAAAUGGGUGAAAGAUAAUAUAGAAAAUUUCAAUGGUAACUCUGGCAACAUUGUCGCGUUUGGGGAAAGCGCAGGCUCAUCUAUAGUUAUGUCGCUUUUUGAUUCAGAAGCGAACGGUGUGUUCAGCAAAGUAAUCGCUCUAUCGGGAUCAGCAUUAUCCGAUUUCUACAUAGGACGCAACGAUCCUAUACAAAGAGCUGAAGAAAUCGUUUCCAAUCUGGGACAGUCGGUCUCAGGCCACAAGGAGAUUUAUGACAAACUGUUGGAAGCACCUGCUGAGGCACUACUUAGUGCUUGUAUGAAGUCGGAAUUCGGCAGGGACCCGACCGAUGUUUGUUCGUUUUUGCAACCGGUGGUAGAGAAGAAAUUUGAUGGGGCAGUACCCGCUAUCCCUCAGAAUCCAGUGUAUUCAUACAGAAAUAAGCACUUCAAUGUGCCGAUUCUUAUGUCGACGUCGUCUCAUGAAGGAGCGUUAUUUAUGAACCGAGACCGAUCGGGAAAUAUUCUAUUCAAUAAGAACCUGAGGAAGUACAUUCCGUUUUUCUCACUAAUAGACCAAGAGUCGAAUGAGGCAUACGAGAUAGAGCAACGUUUGAACGAAAUAUACUUCCAAAAUAAAGAAAUCGGUCCUUCCGUGCUCGUGGAAUACUUAAAUUUACUUUCGGACGUGUAUUUAAAUCGAGACAGUUUAUACACUGCGGAACUACUAAGCGAGAGAGAAGACAAUUUCUACUUUUGCAGGUUCGCGUACGCAGGAAAUAUGAACUUGCGCGUCAUGAAGGCAUUAGGCGUGAAAGGUGCGACGCAUGGAGACAUUAUCCAGUAUUUAUUCUACAAAGAGAACAAGGUGUGUGACGAGCGAGAUAAGAAAAUUGUUGACAUGAUGUGUGAGUCGUUAUGCAAUUUCGCAAAAACAGGGAAACCAACAUGGAAGAACCAAGAGGUAGAAUGGUUGCCAUAUAGAAAGAAUGAAGAGCUUUGCCUGAAUGUCGGCGAAAACAGCGUAGAAUGUUGUCCCGUGCCUGAAAAAGAGAGAAACCAAUUCUGGUUAGAAUUAUCACGAAAGAGAACCAUUUAA